GUUGUUGAAUGGAAUUGUGCAAGGGAAAAUCAAAACCUGCGAUGGGCGACAACAGUGGAACCACCUCCUCCACCGCUGCUUCCACCGCCGACGAAGAUUACCUGCUCAAGCAAUUCUUCGCUGAAGUCAGCGAGGUUGAGCGCGACAACGAAGUCAACAGGAUCCUUUCUUGCUUCAAGUUAAAUGCUUUUGAAUAUCUCAACCUACCAUUUGAUUCCUCUGUAGAUGAAGUUAAAAGGCAAUAUCGCAAGUUAUCUUUGCUUGUUCACCCCGAUAAGUGUAAACAUCCACAAGCUAAAGAGGCAUUUGGAGCUUUAGCAAAAGCUCAACAAAUACUACUUGACCCACAGGAGAGGGAUUAUCUUUUGAACCAAGUCAAUGCUGCAAAAGAAGAACUUAGAGCAAAGAGGAAGAAGCAGCUGAAAAAAGACACUGCUUCUAAGUUAAAGUCAUUAGUGGAUGAGGGAAAAUAUGAGCAGGAAUAUGAAAGAUCAGGGGAAUUCCAGCAGCAGUUGAAGUUGAAGGUUCGAGAACUCUUAACAGAGCAAGAAUGGAGGAGAAGGAAGAUGCAGAUGAGGAUAUCAGAAGAGGAAGGUAGAUUAAAGAAAGACGAAGAAGAAACAAAAGAGAUGUGGAAACGAAAGCGUGAGCACGAGGAGCAGUGGGAGGGCACAAGAGAACAAAGGGUUUCCAGCUGGAGGGACUUCAUGAAGGGUGGCAAGAAGGUUAAGAAAGGGGAGCUUCGACCUCCAAAGCUGAAGACAGAGGAUCCAAACAAAUCAUAUGUUCAAAGGCCAGUGAAACGAGGGUGAUUAUAGUGGCCCCUCCAUCAUCUGAUGUCCGCUGAUAGACCAACCUGUCCUAUUGCCUGAGAAAGCCUGAAUUCUAGUGCUAGAAUUGUAUCUACUUAUGUUGUUGUGGGCCAUUUAAGCUGGCUGCACUUUUCACUCGAAUCAUAUCCAGUGCAACUCCUUGCAUUUGAUAUCUCAAAACAGACAUAGCAGCGCCCAUAGAAUGGGGAUUGGCUUCUUAAAUGUUAUCCAUCACAUCCCCUCCCCGCUUUUAUGUUUGCCUGAGAUUGGUUAUAUUGAAGGUAAUGUGGCCUAAGUAAGCCGUCGGUAUUGUUA